GGAGGGGGGGAGGGGGGAGUGGUUUGGUAAUGGCGAGACGUUUCUCUUCUCCCUCGUCCCCUACGCCAAACUCUACCCGUGGAUCGGCCGCACCAUCGAUUUCGAAGCCUACUCCCCCACCCAAUCCCCCAAUUCCCCUUCUUCACCAUCAGACGAACCAUCCUCAGCAACAACUGACACAUCCUCCGCGUCUUCCUCCAUGGGCGAGACAAAACCUGCAACGACGACGGGGAGACCGCCGUAUUCCCCGGACUACCUCCGCGACCGCGCCUCCAUGUUUGUUAUGGUUGCUAAUAAGGCGAUACAUAUCGGUGGUGGAGGAGCACAUACAGGCCUAUACAUCAAUCCAACUCUAACAGCCGGGGAAACAGGCCCAUGUCAGACGUUUGAGAAUGCGCCGUUGACGGGCGGAGGGAAAGAGGGGAUGGGGUUUGAGUGUCAUGUUGUGGAGGUUUUUGCUUUCAACUAGAGGGCUUGGUGGAGGUUUGGUUUUGGGGUGAGGUGGGAGACGGGGAGUGGUUAUUUCAACAUGUGGGGCAUAGAAGACAAUUUGAUGCUGAUUCAUUGAUACGGAUAUUCUGGCUAUAAUACCGAGUGAUUAUAUAGCACCCCAGUCUGUCAGUGUGUGUUCGUCUUCCAGAUGUAGGGUUUGGGAUGUGGAGUCGCCUGAUUUGGACCCUGUCUAACCCUAACCCGCGUAAGGAUGUUGUCCGAAG